AUGUUUUUUCUCAAGGAACUGGAGCGCGUCAUUACGCUGCAUCCUUCCUUCUUCGGUCCGCGAGUAAAAGAGUAUCUGACAGGCCGCCUAAUUGACGAUGUCGAGGGCACAUGCACCGGCUCAUAUUAUGUCAUAUGCAUAAUGGACGCCUUUGAGAUAUCGGAAGGGCGAGUCGUGCCAGGUAGUGCUGUGGCUGAAUACACCCUUCGUUACAGGGCAGUCGUCUGGAGACCUUUCAAGGGAGAGACUGUCGAUGCAAUUGUUUCUUCGGUCAACCGCAUGGGAAUCUUUGCUGACGUGGGGCCUCUACCGGUCUUCGUCUCGGAUCAUCUCAUACCAGCCGAGAUCAAAUGGGACCCGAAUGCAACGCCGCCGCAAUGGGCGGACAAUACUGGAGACCAAGUAAUUGAGAAGGGCACCCAGAUACGUAUUAAGUUGAUCGGAACGCGAAGUGACGUGGGAAGUAUGUUUGCCAUUGGCAGCAUCAAGGAAGACUAUCUGGGGUUGAAGGGUCCAAGCAUCAUGAAAGAAAAUAAACUGGACUUCCUUGUUCAUAUGAUGGCUUCUCGAUACAAAGACGAUGAGGAGACCAAACCUCUUAAUCAACCUUCUCAUGAUAAGGGCAGAGAAUCACUAGACUCUUUAGCUUCCUCAUCAGAUACUUCUAUCGCCCUCGAGAGACUGAAUGAAGAAGGCAUAGCCGUCGGAAAUGGACAUACCAAAGGGUCACCCCUGAAAAGGAGGACAGACAGCUACGAUGCAGAAGACACAUUCUACAGGCCGAAAUCGAAGACAGAUAGAAGGGGAAGGCGGCUGAUGUGGGUGUUGGGCGUUCUUUGCAUUGGGGGAUGGCUGGCAGCCUUGAUGCUAUUCGUUUCGCGAAAGACAUACAAGCAUCCCUCCUCGAUACCUUACGAUCCACAAGCAACAGUGACGAAGGGUUCGGGCAAGGCCAUCACACUUGACUCAGUGCUUACGGGAGCGUGGCGGCCAAGAAAGCAAGAUGUGUCCUGGAUUGAAGGUCCGAAUGGAGAAGACGGCUUCCUACUGGAGCGUGGAGACGGGAAGAAUGGUGACUACCUAUAUGCCGAAGACAUUCGAAAGAGUAAACCUCACACGGAGUCGCAACCAAGUCAAACGUUGAUGAAAGACGGCCGCUUUACGGUUGACGGCGCGACCGUAGACACGGAAGAUACGUGGCCCACCAAGGAUUUGAAGAAAGUCCUCGCCAUCUCGGAAAAGAAAAAGAAUUGGAGGCAUUCCUUCACAGGACUUUACUGGAUUUUUGAUGUGACUACACAAACUGCAGAACCUCUGGACCCAGCGAAGCCCAAAGACAGAAUACAAUUGGCAAAAUGGUCACCAACGUCUGAUGCCGUUGUAUUCACGAGAGACAAUAACAUGUUCCUCAGAAAGCUGUCUUCAAAGACAGUCACUCAAAUCACUAAAGACGGCGGCGCUGAUCUGUUUUAUGGAGUGCCAGAUUGGGUCUAUGAGGAAGAAGUUUUCGCGGGAAAUAGCGCAACCUGGUGGUCGGACGCUGGCGAUUACAUUGCAUUCCUGAGAACAAACGAUACCAUAGUACCAGAAUAUCCAAUUCAAUUCUUCUUAUCUAGACCCAGUGGUAAGGAGCCAGACCCCGGCGAGGAGAAUUAUCCAGAUAUCAGGCAGCUGAAAUAUCCCAAAGCUGGGGCACCAAAUCCAGUCGUAGACCUACAGUUCUAUGACGUGAACAAAGAUGAGGUGUUCUCUGUCCCUACAGACUCUGACUUCCCAGACGAUGAUCGGUUGAUCACUGAAUUGGUCUGGGCUGGCAAAGAAGGCAAGGCUCUGGUCAAGAAUACGAACAGAGUGAGCGAUAUUCUCAAGGUAGCACUGAUUGAUGUCACUCAGCGCACCGGCAAGGUAGUCCGGGAGCGGGACAUCAACAAAGUCGAUGGUGGUUGGUUUGAAGUCACAGAGAAGACGACCUUCGUUCCGAGCGAUCCAGCUAGCGGAAGACCGCAUGCUGGCUAUCUUGAUACGGUGAUCCACGAAGGUUACGAUCAUCUUGCCUAUUUUACUCCGCUGGACAAUUCAGAGCCAAUCAUGCUGACGUCCGGCGCAUUUGAAGUCGUUGAUGCGCCAUCAGCUAUUGAUCUUACGUCCAACAUGGUCUACCUGGUGACGACCAAGGAAUCGCCGUUGCAGCGUCACGUGUACAGCGUAAACCUCGAUGGGACAGGACUACAACACAUCAGUAAAGCAGAUGAAGAAGGCUACUACAGCGCAAGCUUCUCUACGGGAGCGGGUUUCGCCUUGCUCUCGUAUGAGGGACCUGAUAUUCCACGGCAAGAAAUUAGAUCCACACCAACCUUCAAAGGCCAUCUUUGGCAAUAUCAAAUCGAAGACAAUAAAGACCUAGCCCAAAAAGCCGCCGAGACAGAACUUCCCAUCGAAGUCUACGGUACUAUUAACGUGGACGGAAUCGAACUCAACUAUGUCGAGCGCCGUCCUCCCCAUUUCGACUCCAACAAGAAGUAUCCUGUCCUCUUUCAACUCUACGGCGGUCCCGGUUCCCAGCUCGUGGAUAAGAAGUUCAACAUUGACUACCAAUCUUACGUUGCCUCCAACCUCGGCUACGUCCAGGUGACUCUUGACGGACGGGGCACCGGCUUCAUCGGCCGAAAAGCCCGUACUUUGAUUAGAGGCCACAUUGGUUAUUACGAAGGCAUGGACCAGAUCGCUGCUGCAAAAGUUUGGGCGGCGAAGGAUUAUGUCGAUCCCGAACGCAUCGCUAUCUGGGGCUGGAGUUAUGGCGGCUUCAUGGCUCUGAAGACCAUCGAACUUGACGGCGGCGAGACCUUCAAAUACGGGAUGUCUGUUGCUCCGGUCACGGACUGGUCAUUCUACGACUCAAUAUACACCGAGCGAUACAUGCGGACGCCUCAGGAUAAUCCUGAUGGCUAUAAGAACACAAGUAUCUCCAACACAACUGCCUUGCAGAACAAUGUCAGGUUUCUGAUCAUGCACGGGGUCGCGGACGAUAACGUGCAUUUGCAGAAUACGCUGACGUUGCUGGACAAAUUGGACAUGGAUGGGGUCGAAAAUUACGAUGUGCAUUUUUUCCCGGACAGUGAUCAUAGUAUUUAUUUCCAUAAUGCUAAUAAGAUGGUUUAUGAUAGACUCAACAAUUGGCUGAUCAACGCUUUUAAUGGUGAAUGGUUACGAACGGAAGAUGCUGUCCCUGUCGAAAAGAUUGGUGCAGCAUCUGUGACGAGAUAA